GUAUUGGUGGGAUGUUUCCCUCCCCUGAGCUUCUAAUCUUCGUGGCUUGUAAACAAGCAAAAACGUCUCUGCUGGCGAUGGCGCUGCUGUUGCUGCUCCGGGUUGUGGCUCUCCUUCUCGGACACCCGGGAAUCGCCCCCCUGAACCCGGCUCCCGGUGUCUCUUCACACUCCCUAAAGUAUUUCUACACAGCAAUAUCAGAGGAUAAUGAAUUGCUUUCUUCAUUUUACGUUGUGGGAUAUAUGGAUGACCAGCGGAUCUCUCAAUAUGACAGCACCGUGAGGUUGGAACUUCCUUGUGUUUCCUGGAUGAAGAAGGUGGAGGAAGUCGAUCCCUCCUACUGGAAGGAUGAAACUGAGGUGUCACGGAAUUCUGAACAGUUUUUCAAAGAGAACCUGGUGAUUGCAAGGAAUCGUUAUAACCAGAGCCGAGGGUUUCACACCCUGCAGCAGAUGUACGGCUGUGACCUGAGGAAAGAUGGGAGCAAAGGAGGAUAUCGACAGUAUGCCUACGAUGGGAAGGACUUCAUCAGUUUUGACAAGGAGACCCUCACUUGGACGGCAGCUGAUGGGGCAGCCCAGAAAACCAAGAGGAAGUGGGAUGCUCAAUCAAUGCGCAACCAGUACCUUAAGGCUUACCUGCAGGAGACCUGCAUUGAGUGGCUGAAGAAGUACCUGGACUACGGCAAGGAGACACUGCUGAGGACAGAGACACCAGAAGUGAUGGUGACCCGGAAGGUAGACCACGAUGGGAUGGAAACCUUGAUCUGUCAGGUGGGGGGCUUCUACCCGAAGGACAUUGACAUUGAGUGGACAAGGGAUGGGGAGGUCUGGCAGCAAGAUACCUUCCAUGGCCUUGUAUCCCCCAACUCGGAUGGGACGUACUACACCUGGAAAAGUAUCAAGGUGGACCCCAAGGACAGGGGCCGCUACAAAUGCCACGUGGAGCAUGAUGGCCUUCUGAAACCAGUAGACUUGGCCUGGGAGGAGCCUGCCUCCAAAUUGGGACUCAUCCUUGGGUGUGCCAUGGGGAUUCUCCUUCUGAGUACUGGGAUUGCUGUGUAUUUCAUAAAAUGGCAACAUGAUCGCAGAAUAACUUCAAGAUGUCAAUAUGGAUGCCAAGCAGCUUCAACAAGUGAUCAAAAACCCAACAUUUCUAAGAAAGGCAAGAGAAAUUCAUCUGAAAGGAGAGAAUGAAUGACAACGGGAAAAGACACAGAGAGAAAGGCAAACCAAGGAGAUGGGAUGAUGGUGUAACUGUAUGCUUCUGCCCUCUUCCCUGCUUAAUAUUUGAGUUAAACUACAAUCGUUGGGGAAUAAUUAGCUGACAAGCAAAGUCAGUGUUGAUACAUUGUAUAUAAAUGUGUACGAAUGGUUUUUACAAAGCAACCGGAAGGGCAUCCUCACAUUUGAUGCCUAGUGGUGGGCAAGUAGGGAGAUCCCACGUGGUGUGGUAUUAGGGGAACUUACACAACCCUCAUGGUUGCUCCCCUUCUCCCAGCAACACACCCACACACAUAGCUAAAGAGACACUGUACAGGCCUAGAAGAGAUACAGUCUUUCAAAAGGCCGUGAACAAAGGAUGGGGAUUCUACUGCAGCCCUUCCCUGCCCAAAGAAUUGACCUUCUUUGUCUUUUCCUUCUUUUUUUAGUAAGAGACCAAAAAUCCAAUAUUUCUAAGGAAGGUAAGUGAAUCCCACCCAGCUGAAAGGGUAGAAUAAAUUACAAGGGAAAAGACAUACAUAGAAAAGCAAAUCAGGGAAAUUGAAUGGUUUGUAGCCGUAGAAGAUGGUGGUGUAACUGUAUCCUUCUACCUUCCUCCCUGAUUAAUAUUUGAAUUUUAAGAAAGUUAAAUUAGAAUAGUGGGUUGCUGUGCGUUUUUCGGGCCGUAUGGCCAUGUUCCAGUAGAAUUCUUUCCUGGUGUUUCACCUGCAUCUGUGUGGCUAAUGGCAUCUUGUUGUAGUUGAGCCAAGGGGUAGUAAUGGUACUACUGGUGAAACUGCUAGCAGGAGGAACAGGGCUAAUGGUGAGCAGGUGUUUGAUGAGGAACAGCAAGUAAAGCGGUUCCGGGAAAUACUUAUGGCUCCUUCUGAGGAUGAAACGUUUGAAGGGUUCUCUAGUGGUGAGGAGUCAAUGCAGGAAGACGAUGGAUUAACAGAGAGUAGAGGAACUCAAAGGUCAACUCGGGAGCAAGAGUCAGAUGAAGAAAGGGAAAGGAAGAAGAUCCGGGAUCUACUCACUGCUCCCACAGAAGAUGAAACGUUUGAAGGUUUUUCUGGGGAUGAUGGGUCUGGGAGUGAGAUGGAAAGUGCUGCAGAUUGGACUCAAGUAAAUGUGUGUGCAGAGCCAGUUCCUGGGGGUGCAUCAGGGAAUUGGCAAACUACUGGUGCACCAGUGACAUGGGGAGAUCUAAGUCUUGAAUGAAGAUGGAGGGACUGGAGGGAUGACGGGCGAGGUUCACAUAUGAGAUUAAGAUCAGCUGUGGAUAAUGAUGAUGGGUCGGAGGCCUCAUCAUCUGCGGACUCCGAUGUGUAAGUUAAAAGUGGAGUUGGAAGGAAAGCUCCCUUGCAGAAGGCAAGGUGUUGUUUGGGACAUUGCUUUGUCACUGCCUGUUCUCCUUGGGUCCUCGCUGUAUAGCUUCGUGGGUCCUGAGUUCGGUUUGGCUCCUGACGACGACAACGUUCCUUCCUCGCUUGGCGUUCCUGGCUUCCCUUGGCUCCUGAAUUCGGUUUGGCUCCUGACGACGACAACAUUCGCUCCUGGCUUGGCAUUCCUGGCUUCUCCUUGAUUCCUGAAUUCGGUUUGGCUCCUGACGGCAGCGUUGCCCGUUCCUGGCUUGGCAUUUGCUGGCUCCCUUCUGGUUCCUGAAUUCGGCUUGGCUUCUGACGACGGCAUUGUUACUCCCGGUUGGCUUUCCUUUGGGUUUCUGGAUUCGGCUUGGCUUUUGGACAACAGUAUCGCUUGCUCUCGCUACUGGUGGGCGUUUGGCCCUUCCUUGGCUCUCUGUGCUAGAGCGGGGCGUGACUCUAGUUCCAGUGAACGUUUGGUUGAAAUUAAGACAGAUUAUCAGGCUAGAUAAUCCGGAUUAUUUACUGUUCCUCUUUUUUGCCUUUUCUUGAAACAAAGACAUUUACCUUUACUGGGAACACUGAAGUUAAGUGUUUCUAGGUUCUAAAUAUCAUUUAAUAAACAUUUGUUAACUCUAA